AUGAAGACAUAUCCAUUUACUAUUCCAGAUAAUUUACAAAGGUAUUCUUAUGCUAUUCGAGACUCUACAGACUUUGAUCAUAUUCAAUUUGGCUAUUUCUUUACAGUUAAUGGAAUUGAUGUAGUAGAUAAAUUAACUAUUGAUAAAGCUAUUCAACAAAAAAUAUUACCAUUUAAACAACUUCAUCCAUAUUUGAAAAAUCCAUGGAUAGAAGAUAUAAAUGAUAGAUGUCAAAUUAUGCUUGUAUGUCAAGAUUGUUUCUGGAGAUGUACUGUUCAAGGAGGAUGUGAAUAUAUUUGUAAUAACAAAUAUUUUGUUAAAGAAAAAACAGGAACAGAUUAA